GCGGAGCGGUUGACGCCGCCAUAUUGGGCAAACACCCGCGCGUGCGAGCUAUUUCGGUCGGUGUCUGUGUCCAAGGACGGAAACGGCGAUAUGAAAGUUCUCAAUUUGACUGGUGCCCCAUCACCACUGCACAACAUGGAUGAGUCGGCACCAUUGGACGUAGCAGACCAACCGUUCUACGACGCCAUCAAAGCGGCCCAUGGUGACAAUGUCAGCAACGAGUUUUGCAUUCGACUGGCACGCGCGUAUCGCGGUGAGAAGAAACAUCGCAUGGAAAAAACGUUGGCAGAAGUCAAGCGCAUCAUGGAAUGGCGGACACAACACGGCGCUGAUGGAAUUUUGAACGUCCCUUUGGACAAAGCCACGCUGUUUCACCAAUGCUGGCCGUCGGCCGUAUACGGCGAAGACACGGCGGGCCAUGUCAUCAACAUGGAACGGUUGGUUGAGAUCAACGUCGACAGCUUUCACGCUAACUUCACUGUGGAUGAAAUACUGCGCCACCGUAUGAAACACUUGGAACGUAUUCAAGCAGAGCUCGGCGCGUCGUCGAAGAGGAAGGGAAAGCUCGUGUACAAGCACAUUUACAUCUUCGACUUGGCUGGGAUGGCAUGGAAGCACGUUGCGCCAAGCGUCAUGUCAUACUUGAAGCCAAUCUUUGACCUCGGGCAAGUGUACUACCCGGAGAGCCUCUUCCGCAUGUACCUGGUCAACGCGCCAUUUGUGUUUUGGGGCACGUGGAAGGUCGUGUCGUCGUUCAUCGACCCUGAAACCCGCCAGAAGAUUCAAAUUUACAAGUCAUCCGCCGCGUUUGUCGCUGAAGCGCAAAAACAAGGACUUUCCCUUGACGCCAUUCCAAAACUCCUCGGCGGCAACCACCCCGGCCGAGCGAUCGCGGACUUUGAUGUACCCAUAGAUGCGCCCUCCGCCCCGGAAUCCAUUGUGCCGGUGUGUCCCGAAGUCGUCGCGGUGCCAACCUGAUCGCAAUAACACAACUAUUGAUAUUGUUCAAACAAUGUUUUCGAGGAGAAAUCCUAUGCAAUCGUACAUAUCUCACUGCUGCAACGAAGGACAGCAAGUCGGAUGCCUUGUUGUGAGUAGUGGUGGUGUGCAUUCGAGCACAACACC